AUGGCUGACCUGAGCUUCAUCGAAGAUUCCGUGGCCUUCCCGGAGAAGGAGGAGGACGAAGAGGAGGAGGAGGAGGGCGUGGAGUGGGGCUACGAAGAAGGUGUUGAAUGGGGGUUGGUGUUUCCUGAUGCUAAUGGGGAAUACCAGUCUCCCAUAAACCUGAAUUCCAGGGAAGCCAGAUAUGACCCCUCACUGCUGGAUGUCCGCCUCUCGCCCAAUUAUGUGGUCUGCCGGGACUGUGAGGUCACCAAUGAUGGACAUACCAUUCAGGUUAUCCUGAAGUCAAAAUCAGUUCUGUCGGGAGGUCCAUUGCCUCAAGGGCACGAAUUCGAACUGUAUGAGGUCCGAUUUCAUUGGGGAAGAGAAAACCAGCGUGGUUCUGAGCACACUGUUAAUUUCAAAGCUUUUCCCAUGGAGCUGCAUCUGAUCCACUGGAACUCCACCCUGUUUGGCAGUAUUGAUGAGGCUGUGGGGAAGCCACAUGGAAUUGCCAUCAUUGCUUUGUUUGUUCAGAUAGGAAAAGAACAUGUGGGCCUAAAGGCUGUGACCGAAAUCCUCCAGGAUAUUCAGUAUAAGGGGAAGUCCAAAAUAAUACCCUGCUUUAAUCCUAACACUUUAUUACCAGAUCCUCUGCUGCGUGACUAUUGGGUGUACGAAGGCUCGCUCACAAUUCCACCUUGCAGUGAGGGUGUCACCUGGAUAUUGUUCCGAUACCCUUUAACUAUAUCCCAGCUACAGAUUGAAGAAUUCCGAAGGCUGAGGACACAUGUGAAGGGGGCGGAACUCGUGGAAGGCUGUGAUGGGAUUUUGGGAGACAAUUUUAGACCCACGCAGCCACUUAGUGACAGAGUCAUCAGAGCUGCAUUUCAGUAG